UAUACGUGGUAAUUAUGCGACGCGAGUUAUAAUAUAAUCUGGGUGGAAACAAUGGCUGGGUAUUUUCACGACAGAUCGAACACGAGUGCUAAUGAGAGUUGGCGUUGAACCGCAAGACAAAAAGAGCGAGCGAGAGAUAAUUAUUCGCAACACUUCGUUCACGUACCGUAAUGUAAGCGAGUAUACGUUAUAACACCCGAUGACCUCCUGUAAAAUAAAUCGCGCCAUGACAAAGUUCGCGAAAUUUCCAAAUUGCCAAAUCGCCGAUGUUUCCGUCGCGUAAUUUUGCUCAUGAAUACCCCCCUAUGAUACGAAGAAUUAACAUCUCUUAGGCUACACAUAUUACUUCCAUUUAGGCGUUCGAAGGUCUGACACAGAUAUUUAUUAUUCAAUGUAUACCGCAGACGUACGACACAUUUUUACACAUCAAUUACUCCUUAUCUUCUUUCGUUUGUGAGGUUCUCAUUGUUAUAUUUGGUCGGAUCUCCAUCGCCUGGACAACGUUUCGAUGACUCGGGGGGGGGGGGGAUCCGAAAAUUGGGAAUUUUUUUGAAAAUCCGUUGACAACGCUGUCCCGUAAAUUUCGAUAUUCCGUAACUGGUGUGUUCAUGUAAGAGCAAAAACUGAAAAGUGGGAAUGACAAACUCGGAUUUUAAUCCCCGUCUAAUCCGGAGCGGAGUAAGUAAGCGAGGACGAUUAUCGUGAGGUAAUAUGGGGUAGGAAGGUAUAUAAUAUAUUGGCAAUUGUAGCAUAGAAGCCUUGAAUGUCGAGGGUACGUACGACAGUUGGCAUAAGGCAGAAAUGGUUUUUCCAUACUUAUAACCAUUGGAGAGCGGGGAUCGGACGUGCGCUUAGCUAGUCGUGUGGCGCGAGUGUUUACAACUUUAGAGUCAGUCAGUUUCGAAACGUCAGUUGCUCAGCCCACAAAUUCGAUAUAGAAGCUCGAGCGAUUUUUAAACGUCCGAUCUAGAAAAUUUCAUAUCAAACAACGAGAAGUUCUUCGUAAAUUUACCUAGCGAUUUGUUUUAUUUAAUAUUCCAAUCAACGAACACCGAAUACCCAACGAAGUAAAAAUUGCAUCGCCCGAAAUUCUAAUCAUCCGUACUAAUACCGAACGUGCAGAACGUAAUGUGAACGAAUAAUUGAUCGUUUAACCGAUAUAGUGAUAAUAAUAACAAUCGUAAUACAAUAAAAUUGUCAAGCCGAGUGAUAAAUAUAAGACAAUUAUAGCUGUGUCAUGGAUAGUUUAACGAUCGUACAACGUUGCUGAGUAUAUACUCUGGAAAUUCCAGAUAACGUUUUAUUCUCUAAUCAGUCGAUAUACCUAUUUCUGUCGGCUGGUUCUGAGCAUGAUCGAUCAUCCUGAAAUCACAAAGUUCGGAUUUUGAGUGAAAAUAAUCCGCGGACAGCGAGUGACAUGUAACAGAGAUACGUACACCGACGAUCGCAAUCGCGUCUGAUCGCACGUAUCGAAGAUGCAGAUCGCUUUCGAACGUAUCAAUUAGACUGAAAAAAGAAAGAAAAAAAAAAAAAGACAACAUCAUAUCGAACAACUUGAAAAUCGGCGUAAUUUUCAAGCGCGAGUACGGUAUCGAAUCACAAUGUGGCGAUCAAAGUCCGAAAAGACAGAAGAAAAAUCUGGGAACGUUUUUGCAGACGGACUCAAGAGCGACCCGAAGUUGCAGGAUAUCGGUUGUAGUUCCGGCGGAAUAGAUUCGGGUUUUUUUUCGGGUGCAAAUAUUUGCGGCCCCGUCGAGGAAUUUGGAGAACUCGACGGAGUUCUCGAGACCCCGUUGAUCCGCGCAGAGCCCGAGGGUCGUGCCGAUAAAGUUGAGAGAAAUUUGGCGGGAAAGGACUCUCGCGAGUUCAGUGAUCAAGCGCAGAUGAGGGCCAACAACGAGACGGUCGAGGUGGGCUUGACCAAAACUUUGAACGAACUCGCCUUGAAACCGGUCACCGUUAAUUGUUUAAGAGGAAAAGUGCAAUCGGAACCGAUCGUCGAAUUAACUCCCGUGGAUGGACGUCGUCAUGAUUCGACGAACGACGAGGAAGAAUCGAAGGCGGUUCACGGAUCGGAUGAUCAAAUAACCAAAGUUCCAUGGCAACUCUAUUAUUCACAGGACGAGGACGGCGACACGCAACUGCACAUAGCAAUCGUGCAGGGGUUUCACGAAGUGUCGAUGAGCCUGAUCAGGAUGGCACCACACCCCUCUUUCUUCGAUUGUUUGAAUCAAAAACGUCAGUCGCCUUUACACCUGGCGAUUCUUACCCAUCAAUCGAGCAUAGCGAGGCGACUGAUUUUGGCGGGAGCGGAUCCUACGAUCCGAAAUUCGGACGGUAACACCGCUCUUCAUUUGGCCGCGGCAUCGGGAGAUUUAUCAUGCGCCAAAGCGUUGACCGAUCCGGUCCUACUUUCCGAGAGGAAGUACCUGAUUCGAGGAAGACAAACGCCACGGAUCCCUCAAGACCUCGAACAACGAAAUCACGAAGGUGAGACGUGCCUCCACGCUGCAGUUGUGGCAGGAAAUACGGAUGUAGUGAGAUUGUUGAUUCGCGUCGGUGCCGAUCUUGAGGCCAAGGAACGACUGGGAGGUCGUACGGCUCUCCAUCUUUCGAUCGAGUGUCGACGAUCGGCGGUCACGAGUUUGCUUCUGAAGGAAUGUAACCCUCAUCUGGACGCUCUCACUUACGGGGGAAUAACUGCCUACGAAAUCGCAUCCUGUUUGGAUUCUCAGCUAGCCAAGGAGCUCCUGAAACUCGGAGCGAGCGCGCCUCUGCAGAAGUCCCAAAUUUCUAACAACGGUUCAGACGAAUCUGUUAACAAAAUUCCCCAACCGCAUUGGCAGGCCGUUGGACUCAGGGUUUGAUUUUAAUGGGACAUUAAAUAUUACUAAUGUACUUUGGAGAAGCAGACUAUAAAUGUAAGGAUGGAGGAUCGGCGAACCGCAUCUCGAUCUGCAGCUUAAUUAUACGAUCGAGGGAUAAAUCGGUGACAUGGUAUAACUGUGAGAAUGCGAUAUGACGUUGAUUCAUCGUCAUUUCGGUAGUUCCGGGUCUUCGGGUUCGUGAAAUGUGAGAAAUUUUUCGCAGAAUUUCCGACAAAUCACGAUAUGCGCGAGACCGAUGAUUUGAUAGAAUUGUUCGAAACAGUAUUUACUUUUAUUUAAUCAUAUAUUAUAUAAAAUUCGUAUAGUUUAUAAUAAAUAAAAGAGUUGCUUCCGGAUCGGUCAAAUUUCCUGACGAUGUGUAUACGUGUAAAUAGUGUUAUGUAUUAUUAAUUCCUGUUUAAACUGCGAUUCGCGAUCGGUGGAUUGAAAUAAAAUAUAUAUUUAUAAAGCAGUGCAAUUAUAUGUGACAGGAUUGUAACGUCGCGUAUCCGCUAUUUUGUGAUAUAUAAUAUUAACGCGAUUAUAUUCUAAAGCGAUCACACCAAAUAUAUAAAUAUAUAUAUAUAUACACAUAAAUAUAACUAAUCAUACGAAGAA